AUGGCGUCUCCUGCUUCUGUUACCAACCUGGGGAGCAACGGAAGGCCUGGCCCACUGCCGACAGCGGCAGUGAGGAGAGGGCACUUGGUUUCAAGGAUCAGUUUCACGGGUUUUGACGGUGUCCGGAGGUGGCCAUGUGCACCUGGAAGACUAUGUAGAUGUAUGGUCAUAACUAACUUGAUCGAUGAGAAGGGAGCUCAGUUCUCAUCAAGAGUAAGUGUGAACGUUAAAGCUGAUGAUGACAGUGAUCUUCUUUCAAAGCCCCCGCAGAGGCCAGUCCGGCUGAAUGGGCCACCAGCAAGCAUGGAUACAGCAACAACAUCAGCACCUGCCAGGAAGCCAGCAGGCGUAACAUUGCAAGACCGAGAGAAGGUCCGAGAGUCAUUGGAUGAGGUGUUGGAGAAGGCAGAGAAACUUGAGGCCUCGAGCUCCAGAAAUGUGGAUGGUGAGAACCAUGCAUUGAGACAGAAUGAUGUGGCAAAGCCUAAUAGUUCAGUGCCAAUAGUGGUGGAGGAAGGCUCGAAUUCCAAAAGGACAAAAACACUAAAGAGUGUAUGGAGAAAGGGGAACCCUGUGCCCACUGUACAUAAGGUGAUUAGAGACCGUCCACGCACUGAAACUAGGGAUCAGUCCAUAUCUGCUGCUGAACCUUCAGUAUCAUCUCCAUCAAAACUAGCACCUCACCUACAAACAAGACCUUCUGUAGCACCACCACCUCGUCGCCCUGUCAAAGCUGACACAUCAAAGGAGAAAAAAGGACCCAUCCUGAUCGACAAAUUUGCUUCCAAGAGACCAAUGGUUGAUCCAGCUGUAGCUGAGGCACUGGUAGACCCUGUCAAGCCAGUACGCGGUCCACCAGCCAAAGCGAAGGAUAAUCGUCAUAAAAAAAUUAUUACACCAGCUGGUCCCCGCCGACGUAUGUCAAAUGAUGAUCGAUCAGUUGAUGACGACGCUCCAGUGCGCAAGGGAAGGAGGUGGAGCAAGGCAAAACGUAGGGCUGCCAGGCUUGAGGCUUUAGAAGCUGAAGAGCCUGUUAGGGUUGAGAUCCUUGAAGUUGGUGAAGAAGGUAUGGAUAUUGACGAACUAGCAUAUCAACUGGCAGUUGGCGAAUCAGAAAUUCUGCGCUUUUUAUCAGUGAGAGGAGCAAUGCUUGACAAUGUUCAGACUCUUGAUAAAGAUUUGGUUAAGAUGGUUUGCAUGGAAUAUGAAGUUGAAGUACUGGAAAGUGUUCCGGUGAGAGUGGAAGAGAUGGCAAAGAAGAAUGAGUUCCUUGAUGAGGAGGAUUUGGAUAAACUGGAAGUAAGGCCUCCCAUUGUAACUAUCAUGGGUCAUGUUGAUCAUGGGAAGACUACCCUUUUGGAUUAUAUACGCAAGAGCAAGGUGGUGGCAUCUGAAGCUGGUGGAAUAACACAAGGAAUUGGAGCAUAUCAGGUUCUUGUGCCAGUUGAUGGAAACCCUCAGGCUUGUGUUUUUCUUGAUACUCCAGGGCAUGAGGCGUUUGGUGCAAUGAGAGCUCGAGGAGCAAAGGUAACUGAUAUCUGUAUCAUUGUUGUGUCUGCGGAUGAUGGCGUUCAGCCACAAACAAAUGAGGCAAUUGCGCAUGCAAAGGCAGCCAGAGUCCCUGUUGUAAUAGCUAUAAAUAAGGUGGACAAGGAGGGAGCUAAUCCAGAACGAGUCAUGCAAGAGCUUUCCCAGAUAGGGCUUAUGCCAGAGAUGUGGGGUGGUGACACCCCGAUGGUUCAGAUAAGUGCUCUUAAGGGAGAGAAUGUUGAUGAGCUAUUAGAGACUGUCAUGCUUGUUGCUGAGUUGCUAGAAUUAAAAGCCAAUCCUCAUAGAAAUGCAAAGGGUACGGUUAUUGAAGCAUGUCUUGACAAGGCUAAAGGACCUCUUGCCACCCUAGUCGUACAGAAUGGAACCUUGAAUAAGGGCGAUAUUCUUGUUUGUGGUGAAGCUUUUGGAAAGAUCCGUGCAAUGUAUGAUGAUCGUGGAAGCCUUGUAGACCAAGCAGCGCCAUCCAACGCCGUGCAGAUUAUUGGCUUGAACAAUGUACCCCUUGCUGGUGACGAAUUUGAGUCUGUUGAUGACCUUGAUGUUGCACGUGAAAGGGCAAAUGCGCGUGCCGAUGCAAUGAGAAUUGAAAGGAUAAAUGCGAAAGCUGGGGAAGGAAAAGUCACUCUCUCAUCCAUUGCAGCUUCCAUUUCAUCUGGGAAUCAAGUAGGGAUUGAUACUCAUGGGUUAAAUGUCAUACUUAAAGUUGAUUUUCAGGGUUCAAUUGAGGCCAUUAGGCAAGCCAUUCAAGCGCUGCCUCAAGAAAAUGUCUCUUUGAGAUUCCUACUUCAAGCUCCAGGAGACGUUAGCCUCAGUGAUGUUGAUCUGGCUGUUGCUUCGGAAGGAAUUGUAUUUGGUUUUAAUGUCAAAGCUCCAGGGUCAGUUAAGAAAUAUGCUAAGCAGAAAAGUGUAGAGAUUCGAUUGUACAAAGUGAUCUAUGAUUUGAUAGAUGAUUUACGCAAUGCCAUGGAAGGGCUUCUUGACCUUGCUGAGGAGGAGGUACCACUCGGUUCAGCCAAAGUUCGAGCUGUUUUCAGUAGUGGCAGUGGAAAGGCAGCGGGUUGCAUGGUUACUACAGGGAAAGUUGUGGAAGGCUGCAAUGUUCGGGUUCUUCAUAAAGGAAAAGAAGUUUAUGUGGGUACACUUGAUUCCUUGAGACGGGUGAAAGAAACUGUGAAGGAGCCGACGGGAGGGGGGGGGGGUUCUAGUUUUAUACCGCUUGACUUCUUGAGACAAGCUGUAACCUGCAACGUUGAGGCCGCAUCAUUUUCCGAUCAUCAUUCGUCAUCCUCUUCGUGCUUCGUGAAAGGAAAUGAGUUUGGUCAUGUCAGAAUUUCCUUGUUAAAAACCAGGAAUUCAGAAUGUAUGCUGUAG